AUGUCAAUGCUACGAAAACCUUUGACGAAAAUCGAACUGAUGGCUGAUGACGUGACGAUGUUGACGGAGAUUUUGGAGAAAAGACAGGUUUUUUUCUUUUUAUGUGUGAUAAUGUUGUAUUUAGGUUUUAUUGAUGAAUAUUUGAAUUUUGUUUGAAAAUAGGAAUUUUACUGUUUCUUGUUUAUAUGUAUAUUAAAGCUACAUUAAGAAUAAUUUUUUUAAAUAUAAAAGUGUUAAAACUAAUUUCAAUAGUUAAAAAUUGAGAAGAAAACUGAGAGACAAAAUUUCCAGCUUUUCCUUCGUUAGAAAAUGUUGUGACUUUUUUCUGCAUUUUUUAAUUUUUCUAGGCAAACUAAACUAUUUUGAAAUUAUUUUUCGCUCCGUUUUUUUUUCUUGAAACUUUUCGCAAGGAUCGAAAAGCAUCUUUUUUAUUUCGGGUUGAGAGAAUCAAAGUAAUUUCCAUGCGAUUUAAAAUUUAGUCAUCUUUUCGACCCUCUGACGGUUAUUUUAAUAAUUCCUGAAUCACUUUUGACACAGUAUUGUGUUUUUCCAGGAUCAGGGUUGAAUUUUAGUCGUUCAAAUGAUAAAUCCGAUGUUUUCUUCCAGAAAAAGAUGAAAAAAGAAGAAACUGACACGGAUGCCAUGGAAAUGGACGGCGCCUUGACGUCCAGCACGACCAGCAGUCCUAUUGAUGUUCGUUUGAUAAUUUCGGAUUGAUCUCUCCUUUUUUCUAAUAAAUAUCUAUAUUUUUCAGUUCAAAACGCCGAUCGCCGCCGACCUCACAACGCCCACCAGUGAUGCACCAUGUUUUUUUUUUCUUAAUAAUUUUUUUACAGUUUUUGGGGACUCACAGUGAAAAUUGCUUUGCGAAAUGAUUCAAGAACGCCUUUUUUAGUUUAAAAAAGUGGAACGAAAGUGUUUGUUAACUUGAGGGAGUAAUUUAACCAUCGUGAUACCGUGGUACUAGAAUCUUCAGAAAAACUCAUGUAGUAAGAAUUUUUCACCAGUUUUUAGUGUUUUAGAACUUGGAAAUCACUUUUGCAGCACUGGAAAUGCCAAACGUUCGGAUGACAAGGUCCCGAGCCGCCAGAAAUUCCAGCUCCACCACGACGACGUUGGUGAUCACGACGACAGCGCCGCCACGACGUCCAGUCGCUCCAGCCAACCUCACGACUCCUGUUAACUCCUUCGCCCCUCUCGAUUUCACCAUUUCUGACUCUUGA